AAAACUAUCACGCGAUACAGCUCAUAUUUUUUUUCCCCUCUCAUUAUUUUCUCUCUGAAAUGAUCGGAAAAACGAAAUAAUUAUUAUAAUGUCAAACCCUAACCAUCGCGAUCAGAUCCAACCAACUCGAUAAUUAUCUCUGUCUUUCCCCCGAUCUGGUCGUAAAUCUUUCCGUAUACGACCGCAUUAUCGGGAUAAUUUUGUUUUUUGUACAUUGUUGUUUUAUUUAAAUUUUUGUUUGGAAUUAUUGGUUUGGGAAUUUGAGGUUUUUUGAGGUCUCAUCCACCUGCAUUGUGGGAUUUUCGUGUCUUGAGCUGAAGAUUCGAAUUUUGGAUUGAUUGUUUUGGGGAAAAAUUCGUAUUUUGAAGAAGAAAGCGCUGUACUUUUUUUUGUUUGUUUGGUGGGUUUAAAAGAUGGCUUCGACAUCUUCCAUCAGCGAAGAGCUUGCGGAGAUCGAAGGACAGAUUUCUGAUAUUUUUCGAGCUCUUUCAAAUGGGUUUCAGAAAUUGGAGAAAAUCAAGGAUACGAGUAGACAGAGUCGACAGUUGGAGGAGCUCACUGGGAAGAUGCGUGACUGCAAGAGGCUUAUUAAAGACUUUGACCGGGAAUUGAAGGACAUGGAGUACAAACUUGAUGCAGAGACCACUAAGAUGUUGAAUGAAAAGAAGCAAUCGAUGAUUAAAGAAUUGAACUCAUACGUUGCCCUGAAGAAGCAAUACUCAAGUACUCUUGAAAACAAGAGAGUAGAGCUUUUUGAGGGUCCUGGUGAAGGAUAUGCUGAAGACAAUGUUCUACUAGCUUCCUCAAUGACGAAUCAACAACUGAUCGAUAAUGGAAACAAGAUGAUGGAUGAAACUGAUCAAGCUAUUGAGAGGUCAAAAAAGGUUGUACAUGAAACCAUAAAUGUUGGAACUGAGACUGCAGCAGCUCUAAAGGCACAGACUGAACAAAUGAGUCGGAUUGUUAAUGAGUUGGACUCGAUACAUUUUUCAAUUAAGAAAGCUUCGCAGUUGGUCAAGGAAAUUGGUAGGCAGGUUGCAACUGAUCGUUGUAUCAUGGCCCUACUCGUCCUUAUCGUGAUUGGUGUCUUGGCAAUCAUAAUUGUUAAGGUUGGAAUCUCUUCUCUUAUUCUGAUCUUUGAUUCAAAGGUAUUAUACACUCAUAACAUCAGUAGAGCUUCCGAUAUUGCAAAGCAAGAGAGUCCUUCAGCUUCUUUUUUCAGUAUUAUUACUAUUGUUGUUGUUAAUGCCAAUUUGCAAAAGAUUAUGCUAUCUGAUUUAUAUAUCCUUAGCAUCUUUUAGUUAAGGAACCUGAUAUACUACUUUAUGCCACAAGAAACUUAUGAAAUUAAAGAUGUUGAGCUUAUGGCCUGGUUAAAACUUACAUUGGUGCCAUUAAAUCUUCAGCAUGUCAAAAGGAUUCGUGAUUUGUUCCCCUUUGGGGUGUGUAUGUGUGUGUCAGAAAGAAUUAGAUUAGAUGACGUAUACCAAACUCGAUCCUGCUUAACUGGGUUUAUUGUCACAUUUUUAACAUUCAGAUUGUGAAUCCUCACAACAAAGACAUUCGGGAUAUUCCUGGAUUGGCACCUCCAGCUCCCGCUCGAAAGCUACUCUGGAACCCUAAUUAAAGAGACACUUCAUAUGCACAUAUUUGUACCAUCCUUUCGAACUUAUGUGGAUUGAUGGAUAGAUAUUCCUGUGAUGUUCUUGGAGUAACCUGCUUUCACUGAACGGUUUAUGGCGAAUCAGGAGGGAGAGCAAUCCGGCACUUCCUACUGUGCUGAACCCAUCUUACCAGCCGGGCUUUGUUCAGUAGAAGGUGACCCCUCCGUCUAGGUAUCCUUUGAAAUUCUUUUCAUAUCUUGGUUUUAGCUUCUUUUACAGCUUUCUGUUCUGAGUAUCAAAAAUAGAUAUACACACGGCUUCAUUGUAUUAUUGUUGUAUACCGCCUAGUCACCUACCAUCGUUGUAUAAGUAAUUCACUUUGUCUUAUUGCUUGGUAUUGAUUAAAAUAUAUUGUAUUUUUACCACAUAUUUGUACCGAAGGUUAAAUAUACACAAUUUGGUCUUAUCAAACUAUGUACAGCUCUUAGAAUAUCCAUUUCGAUGAUC